CAGCUUGAGGAUCUCAACAGCACCGCAUGUCUCUGCAACAACUGUGGGAGUGAAGCCAAACUGCGCUAAGUCCUGUUCUAACUUUUCUUUUUACAUCGUUUUGUACGUAUCAUAUUCGUCUGCUGAAGGAGCGCACACAGGACGCACGGGGAGAAAGAGCGCACGUCUCUGGAGAAGGAGAGGAGAAGAGAAGAUGGAUUGUAAGAAAAGAAAAAGUUAACAGGACAGGGGGGCGGUCAUGCUAUGCCAAGUUUGCGCGAUUCCCAACUUUUCCUAAAGUCGCUUGUUAUUGUUUUUUUAAUGGAGUUUUGCUCGGACGCGUGUUGUUUGCGCGCUUCGUGGCCAACGUUGGCGUCAGCGCACUCGUAGUUUACGGGAAACCCGACUGCACGCGAACGUUUACUCGGACAAAAAGAAGAAGAAGACAAGACGAGGAGAACUCCGGCUUCGACGCGUAAGGAGAGAGCGGUGAAGGUUGUGACGGAAACUGAAGAGCGACAUGGAGACUUCAGCUCCGACAGCCACUGAGAAGAAGGAGUGUAAGGGCUCAGGCUUGGAUGGAAGCAGCUUCUCAGAACUCCCCAAAAAGCCCUCGCCCACCACCCUGACCAGAGGUGCCCACCACCUCUUCCCGCCGUUUCACACACCCAUCCCAAUCGACAUGAGACACCAUGAGGGGCGGUACCAUUACGAACCACACCCACUUCAUGCCAUGCAUGGACCUCCAGGACUGACAGGCAGUCCAGUCAUCUCAGAUAUUUCCCUCAUCCGUUUAUCACCCCACGCUGCAGCCGGAGCGGGUGAGUCACCGUUUAGCCCACCACAUCCAUACGUCAGUCCCCACAUGGAGCACUACCUGCGCUCAGUGCACGGAAGCCCCACACUGUCCAUGAUCUCCGCUGCGAGGGGACUGAGCCCCGCUGAAGUGACCCAUGAACACUUGAAGGACCGCGCCCUGUUCAGCCUUCCCCCUCCUCCACCAGGAGCCAACCCUACGGAGUACUACCACCUGAUGGCCAGUGCCACUCAGCGAAGCCCCUACGGUGACCUCCUGAUGCAGAGUGGCGCCGCAGCAGCAGCAGCGGCGGCGGCGGCAGCAGCUGCAGCCGCAGCGGCCACUCACCUGCCUGAUUAUAUCAGCCCCAUGGAUGUAUCACGUUUUUCCAGCCCGCGGCUGACACCACGGCUGAGCAGAAAGAGGGCGCUGUCCAUCUCUCCCCUGUCAGAUGCCAGCAUUGACCUGCAGACCAUGAUCCGCACCUCGCCCAACUCCCUCGUGGCUUACAUCAAUAAUUCCCGGUCCAGCUCUGCUGCCAGCAGCUCCUAUGGGCACCUUUCAGUAGGAGGUAUCAGUCCUUCCUUUAGUUUCCCUCACCCUAUCAACCCAGUGGCAUACCAGCAGCUGUUGUCCCAGCAGAGGAGUCUCAACACCUUUGGCCACACACCUCCCCUCAUUCAACCAUCACCGUCCUCUUUCUCUGCACGACAACAUCCCCUCACUGCUCCACCAAUGUCAACCACCCACAACACCUCCAACUCUGAGGCAAACCAGAAUGCCAGUGGUGACCCAGCAGUGAGCAGUACGGUCAACCCACUGACCACCAAGAGAUCGAAGGUCAAGACAGAAGCAGAGGGUCCACUCCCCCUCUCACCGACUGCUCAAGACCACAGUGGUGGAGGGAUCUUGGACUUGAGUGAGGAUCUGGAUAAAGAUGAGUGCAAGCAGGAGCCAGAGGCCAUUUAUGAGACAAACUGCCACUGGGAAGGUUGCACCAAGGAGUAUGACACCCAGGACCAACUUGUGCAUCACAUCAACAAUGACCACAUCCAUGGCGAGAAGAAGGAGUUUGUGUGUCGCUGGGAGGAGUGUUCCCGGGAGCAGAAGCCCUUCAAGGCUCAGUAUAUGCUGGUGGUCCACAUGAGGCGACACACGGGAGAGAAGCCACACAAAUGCACAUUUGAGGGCUGUUCCAAAGCCUACUCCCGUCUGGAGAACCUCAAAACACACCUUCGGUCCCACACUGGAGAGAAGCCGUAUGUGUGUGAACAUGAAGGCUGCAACAAAGCCUUCUCCAACGCCUCAGACCGGGCCAAACACCAGAACCGCACACACUCCAAUGAGAAACCAUACGUGUGUAAGAUCCCGGGGUGUACCAAGCGCUACACGGACCCAAGUUCUCUCAGGAAGCACGUCAAAACAGUGCAUGGACCAGAGGCUCACGUCACCAAGAAGCAACGUAGCGACGCUCCUCCCAGACAGCAGCCACCCAAAGGCAAUGGGGAGAAUGAGGCCAAUUCCAAGCAUGGUGCAAGAGGUGUGGACGGCAAGAUUGAGGCCAACAGCACGUCCAGAGGAGUGGACGAUUAUCUUCAGAUCAAAUCUAUCAAGACGGAGACAUCCAUGACAUAUCAGUCCAGUCCUGGCGGCCACUCGUCAUGUAGCAGUGAGCCGUCGCCUCUCAGCAGUGCCAACAACAACGACAGUGGGGUAGAGAUGGCCAUGCACAGCGGAGGCAGCUUUGGGGACCUCAGUGCACAGGACGAUUGCCCCUUGGUUGACUCCACUGUUCCUGCUGGGGGACAGUUUGGUGGGAUGGGGCUUCAGUUGAGGAAAACCGCAGGUCACGGUUGUGGGAUCACCAUCAAGCUAGAAAACAUCAAAAAGGAAAGGCUGAAGACAGUGAGGGACUCCUGCCCCUGGGGCAGUUCUGCACCACAUCCACCGCAGGGCCAAUGCAACAGCAUGAAGCUGCCUCCCAUACCUGCAGUCGGUUCCCUGCUGGAGAGCUCCAAUGUGAUAAGUAACUUAAAUGGUCUGCAACCUAGCCAACGCAUGGGUGACCAGACCUCAUGUGAAAUCACACUGCUGAACCAGCUGAAUGAGCGCCGUGACAGCACCACCAGCACCCUCAGCUCAGCUUACACCAUGAGUCGCCGCUCCUCCGGUAUUUCGCCCUGCUAUUCCAGCCGUCGCUCCAGUGAGGCAUCCCAGUUUGGUGCCAACCGCCAUAACAACAUCAGUUCGGCUGACUCCUAUGACCCCAUCUCCACUGACCUGUCCCGCCGCUCCAGUGAAGCCAGCCACACUGGUGGUGGUGGUGGUGUCGGUGGAGGAGGUCUCCCAAGCCUCCUUAGUCUCACACCAGCUCAGCAUUAUCGACUCAAGGCAAAGUACGCUGCUGCCACAGGUGGAGCUCCUCCUACUCCCCUCCCCAAUAUGGACCGAAUGAGCCUUAGGACCCGCAUGGCAUUGUACAGUGACUCCCAGGAAGGUUCGUCUCAUGUGUUCCGUCAACCACCCCCUGGAGCUGCACCUCGGCGCUGCAGUGACAUUGGAUAUGGCAACAGGAGCAUGAUGCCCCACGAGGUACCCGCCAGCCUUCCACGUCGUGCCAGUGACCCAGUGCGACGUCCCGCCCUUGAUCAUCUUUCUUUUCCAAGGGUCCAGCGCUACAACAGCAUGAACAAUAUGAACCCCAUCAAUGGUUUCUCAGCUUCAGAACGCCACCAGUCACUGGCUAUGCAGGGCUACACUCGCUCUGAUGGUAGCCUGCAACACUACCCAUUUGCCCCGAGGCCACCUAGCAUUUCUGAGAAUGUAGCCAUGGAAAACAUGGCAGUAGAUGGAAUGAUUGUUGGAGGGGAGAGUGGGGAGGAUGACAUGGUGCUUCCAGAUGAUGUGGUGCAAUACCUCAGGUCUCAGAAUUCUGCCGUCUCAGGUCACAACUCUGGCCAAGCAGACUAUCAUUCCAAUAAUCAGGCUCAGGGCUACCAGACAGGUAUGGCCCCACCAGCAUCAUUUUACGCACAGAGGAGGAUGGCUAUGGUGGAUGCCACCAUGACUCAUGGUCAGGAUCAGCCCUUCUCAGCACCAGACAACAUGAACAAGAACAACAUGCCAGUGCAGUGGAAUGAGGUGAGUUCGGGGACUGUGGACACCUCAACCAAGCAUUCCAGACAACAACAGCAGCAUCCUGUCAGGGGGAAUUUAGCUGUUGUUCAGCAGAGGCACAAUUUUGGAUCCCUGCAGUCACAAGGUCAGGGCCUGAACAGCAACCAGCAGGUAGUGCCUAUGAGUCAUAACAUGUCUAUGCAGGGCUAUGUGAACCACAACAGUCAGAGGCUGAUGAAUAUGACCCACCAGCAGAUUCAGCAGCAGAGGCAAUACAACAACAAUAACUUCAGUGAGCAAAUGAGUCCACAGCAAGGGUAUGGCCAAGAGGCAAUUUCAAAUUCUAAAGCUAAGGGCACUAGCAUGAGACCUGCCCGCAACAGUGCAACAGAUCCAGAACUGCAAACCUACAGGACAAGGACACAGGCUGAUGGGUAUUCUCAUGUGAACCAAGUAGAUCACCAGCAAAAUUACAGUGUCGUCACCCAGCAGCAGCAAAGUAUCCAUAAUGGAGGCAGAGGAAUGUUACAACCCCGGCCUCCGGCAGAGCCAAAGGUUGUAUCCAGACAACACAUAGGGUCUAACAUGAUGCAUCCAAGCCGAAUACCCAAGCCAACUGAUUUGAGCCACAAUCGUGGCAAUGACACCUCAGAGGCGAGCCCAAAAAGGCCCAGCGGAUCAGUGUCUCACAACGGCAACUCUGAAAAUCCAAACUCUGCUGUAUUCUACACAGGUCAGAUUCACAUGUUUGAGCCAGCAUCUGCCAGCUUUGAUACACCCAUGUCCCCCAGUGCCAGCCAGGCUCCUGCCAGCAGCAACACUGCAGCACCCAACAUGGCUUCACCUGGAGUCAACCAGGUAUCCAGCAGUACAGUGGACUCUUCCACCGGUGGAUCUGGUGGAGCUGAGCCCUCCCAGAUUGACUUUGACACCAUGCUCGAUGAUGGAGACCACUCCAGCCUCAUGUCAGGCACACUGAGUCCUGGCCUUUUACAGAGCCUCUCCCAGAAUUCCUCACGUCUGACCACACCUCGCAACUCUGUCACCCUUGCCUCUGUACCGGCAGGGAUUGGCAACAUGGCUAUUGGCGACAUGAACUCCAUGCUCACUGCUUUGGCUGAAGAAAGCAAGUUCCUCAACAUGAUAAGCUGAGGCGAAUUAAACACCCAUGCUAACCAUUCAUUACAUCAGGAAUAUAUAGAAUAGACAUGAAAGCACUGACUGAGCAAUGCACAACUGGUUAUUUUAUACAUUUUUUUGUCAUUGUCCAUAGUAGUAUGCUGAUCUUGUAAUAUUUGCUUCAGAUAAUAUGUUAAUUGAACUGAAUAGUAAGAAUAGCUAGGGUUAAGGACCAUUUCUUUUUGACCAUCAUCAUUUGUUAAAAAGCCAUACUUUUUAGCCACAAAUAUAUGAUAGCCCAGGGUAUAUAAACACUUCUACAAACAACUACCAUUCAGUAUUUGCUGGCGUUAAAAGCCCUUUACAAAGUUGUGCACUGAAAGCAGUUCACAUCGUGCCUUGCUGAGGACAUCAAGGUAGGUAGAGGAUGACAUAAAAACAGAAUUACCAGGACACAGACAUGAUAUGUAGAUUUCAGGUAAUAUUUUUCAUGAAGACAUUUGUGUGUAUAGAUUAUACUAUAUGGUACUUGCUGUAAGUUAUGCUAUAGACAUUCGAUGUUUAAACUCGGGCUGUCAAAGGUCUUGCUUUAUAAGGGUUGCAAGAUUCUUACAUGCUUACAUAGCUACGCUGCAGUUACUGCUUAUUACUGUCAAUGUGUAUAUUAUAGGAAGAGCAAGAUGAGUUCAAGCUGGGGUAGGCAAUGUCCUUUUGUCUUUGUUGAUCAAUAAUUCCAUAAUAACCUUUAAGCGUAAUGUAAAUGAAGUGAUUAAGAGAGAACUAGACUUCUGCACCCCUUCAAGGCAGUUACAUAUUGACCAAUCACAGGGCAGGUCAAAGACAAAGAGCAUUCCUAUUGGCUGUUCUGCUAAGCCGAUACACUAAUUAGACAUUUUGGGUUAAAGGUUGCUAUUCCGGAAUUUAAAAUAUAUGCCGAGUGGGAUAAUAAAUGCAAUGAAACAAUGCCUAUAUGGGUGGAGCAUUUCCAAGCAUUUACUGCCAUAUGGUCUCAAAUUUGAUAAAGACCUACUGUUGCAACCUGUGUUUUUGAAUAAAGGUUCAAUUUGCAGCAGUACCACGCACUCAGAAUUGUAAGACUAUUUGCUUUUCACAAAGUGAAGAGUUUGACAGCCCUGGUUUAACCACAGUUGUACACAAUUAUUGUCCACAGAUAUUAAAUGCUUUUUGAUCAUAUGGUCCGAGCUCUUGGGGAUGGCACUGAUGAACCCUGAACACACAUUUCCUCCUUUGCCCUUUGGAUCAGAGGAAUGAACACUCCUCGGUCCCGUCUCACAAGGGUAAAUAAUUGGAAAGGACAAGGAUUUGCCACUGUGUUGGUCUACCAGGACGCAUGAACCCCUGUGUCUGAUGAAAAGCGUUCUCUAAAGGAAUAUGCAAGUACCUCUGUGUGUUCUCAGCACAGAUCCAACUCUAAUUAACACAUUCACGCAGCCUCCCUACACUACAUCCCAUAACUCCCCUGGGUUCUCAAUGAACUGCAGAGAGACCAGGAAGGGACUCCGACUUUGAUAAUGAAAUCUUGUUUCUGAAAGGAUCAGUGAACUCUCCAAAUUCCUCAGUUUUACUAUGUUUGCUGAAUUUUCAAGUAGCCUUUCAAAUGUUGGUGUGUAUGCUACCAUUCACUUUUCCUAUGCUAUAUGUGUGUUUGGGUGUGUAUGUGUGUUUGUGCGAGUGCGUGUAUAUAGCUUUUGUACAUUUCAAAUAAACUAUCUUCUUUUUUUCAGUUAAAAUCA